CCGCCCGGCUAUGUUGUCGACUUCGACCACCCCCAGCGCAAGGGCGAUGAGACGGGCUAUAUCGUUUUUAUUAUUGGCGCCAUCAUUGCCCUCUUGAUGCUGAGCAUGAGACUAUAUGUCAAGUUUGGCAUGGGCAGGAAGUUCGCGGUUGAAGAUGUUUGUAUGAUUCUAUCAUGGAUAUUUGGCCUUGCAUGUCAAGGGUUGUUGCUACAUAUGUGGAUAAAUCGGAUCAUGGGCGUGCACGCCUGGGAAAUUCCGGCAGACAGAUACAACCUAUACAACCUGCUCAUCAUGUGCGCUUCAGUGCUAUAUGCGGCGUGCCUCGGCUCCGCCAAAUUCUCUCUGCUUCUGUUUUAUCGCCGGCUGGGUGACCCGAUAACAUGGUUUCGAUGGGCCAUUCACAUCGUCAUGUUCAUCGUCGUGGGGUACACGCUGGGUAUUAUUUUCUCCCUCAUCUUCCCAUGCCAUCCCGUCGAGAGCAACUGGGACGUCAAUGUUAUCGGAAAUUGUGGCAACAAGACAGCCAUCUACAUUGCCACGGCCGCUCUCAACAUUAUCACGGAUAUCACCAUUCUGACGCUCCCGAUCCCUGUGGUGGCUGCACUGCAGAUGUCGUCUCUCCAAAGGGUCGGAGUUAUCUGCAUCUUCGCAGUCGGCUCAAUGACGUGCGUAACGAGUAUCAUACGACUUGUCGUGAUCCUGCCAAUGUUCACAGAUUUGGACCAAACCUGGGCAGUGUCAAUACCGUGCGUCUGGAUUGUCGUCGAGGCUAAUCUCGUCGUAAUAUGCGGCUGUCUGCCCGUUGCGCAGCGAUUUAUCCGCCAUGUCGCCGGCCGACACUUGAGCAACAGC